UAUACAUAACAAAACAACCAUGACCGUGGUAGGAGGAGCGUUCCCAUUAUCUCUCAUCCUCUUCGCCACUAUCAUUCUCCACCACCACACUGCGGCGCUUCCACUCUCAGUCAACUCACGAUGGAUCAUCGACGAUCAAAACGGUGGUGAGAGGGUGAAGUUGUCAUGCAUCAACUGGGUGAGCCACCUUGAAUCGGCGGUCGUGGAAGGGUUGAGCAAACAGCCGGUUGAUGUGAUCUCGAAGAAAAUUUUGGCGAUGGGAUUCAAUUGUGUGAGACUCACGUAUCCAUUGUUCUUAUUUACAAACGAUACACUGGCUUCGACGACUGUGAGAAAGUCGCUGACAAAGCUAGGGUUGCCGGCAUCCGUCGCCGGAGUUCAAGUCAACAACCCAUCCAUCGUUGACCUUUCCCUCAUCAAUGCUUUUGUGAAAGUGGUUUCAAACCUCAACAAGAACAACAUUAUGAUAAUAUUAGACAAUCACAUAAGCAAACCUGGAUGGUGUUGUAAUGAUAAUGAUGGUAAUGGCUUCUUCGGCGACCUCUACUUUGACCCUGAAGUGUGGGUCAAAGGUAUUAAACGAGUUGCCACCAUUUUUAAAGGGUAUACCAAUGUGGUCGGUAUGAGCUUGAGGAAUGAACUUCGUGGGUAUAGACAAAACAUCGAAACAUGGUACAGGUACAUGCAAAAAGGUGCGGAAGGGGUACAUUCAGCAAACCCUAAUGUAUUAGUCAUUCUCUCGGGUCUAAGCUAUGACCAAGACUUAUCCUUUCUUCGUGACCAACAUGUAACCUUAUCAUUUACUAAAAAAUUGGUUUUUGAGGUUCAUUGGUAUGGUUUUUCAGACGGUGAUGAUUGGAUUACUGGUAACGCAAACCAAGUAUGUGGUCGAAUCACCGACAAAAUGACAAAUCAAGCAGGGUUUUUACUAGACCAGGGUCACCCUUUGUUUGUAAGUUGGGUGGCUGAACUUGACCUUGAUUGGGCAUUAUGGACUCUUGUUGGGAGUUACUAUUUAAGGGAGGGUGUGGUUGGAAUGGAGGAGCUUUAUGGUGUUUUGGAUUCAAAUUGGUAUGAACCGAGAAAUUUAAGUUUCUUGAAGAAAAUUUCACCUAUUCAAUCUUCGUUUCAAGCACCUGAUGGUUUAUUAGGCGUCGAACAACAUAAAAUCAUCUUCCAUCCAUGUACUGGGCUUUGUAUACAAACCCACUCUAUGAAGUUGGGUCCGUGUUCCAAUGCACAGGCAUGGGAGUACACCCUACAAAACAUGUUGAUUGUGAAGGGUACAAAUUAUUGCCUACAAGCAAAUGGUGUGGAUAUGCAAGUGAAAUUAGGCAUAAUGUGUACAAAUAUCUCUUCAAAAUGGGAGGCCAUUUCAGCCUCUAAAAUGCACCUUUCAUCAAAGAUUAAUAAUGGGAUUAUGGUUUGUCUUGAUAUAGACUAUGAAAACACGAUUGUUACUAACAAUUGUAAAUGCUUAAACAACGACAAAUUGUGUGAUCCUGCAUCCCAAUGGUUCAAAGUCAUCAACAGCACAAGUGUAGAAGUUGCAAAAUCAAUCAUUUUAUCAGAUUCUAUGUUGGAUUAUUCAAUGUGAUCUUUUAGAAAAUUCUUGACGAUGAGAAGAUAGAGAUUAUUGAUCAACUUUGAUAAAAAAAAAUACUUAUUUUUAUAUGUUGAGAUUUUAAUGUAAACAGGGCGUGACUAGUAUAUCAUAAGGUGGGUCCUUUGAUCCACCCAAUUUUCCAAC